AUGACACUCUCUAACCUCUCAAUGGCCACCAACUCAUCAGAAGAGCCAAUUUACAAGUAUUAUUCCUGUGAUUCCAUCUCCCCCUCUCUGCAUCAGAACAAGCUGAUCCCCACCAUCUUCAGUGUCAUCUUUGUCUUUGGUUUCGUGGGCAAUGUCUUGGUGGUGUUCGUGUUAUGUCAAAAGUCCAACCGUAAAACAGUGGCCGACACCUACAUGGUAAACUUGGCUCUCUCAGAUCUGUUGUUCCUGAUCAGCCUGCCUUUCUGGGCAGUCUACUACUCCUUUGACUACAACUGGGUGUUUGGUGGGCUGAUGUGUAAGCUGUGUGGCAGCCUCCUCUCUCUGAAUGUCUACGCCAGCAUCUACUUCAUCACCUGUAUGAGUGUGGACCGCUACAGAGCCAUUGUUAAUCCCCUCCAGUCUCAGUGCAGCAGGAACCUGUGUCGGGCGCGAGUGGUCAGCUGUGUGAUCUGGACCAUCGCUGGCCUCAUGACCAUCCCCACCAUGGCCUUCAGAGUCACCUACCACCUGGAGGAGUUGGGGGUCACGGCAUGUGCCCUCAUAUACCCACCUACCCAGACAAACUGGUUCCCUAGCCUGGCCCUGACAAUGAACAUCCUGGCCUUCCUGGUGCCCUUCACAGUCAUCGCCAGCUGCUACUGCUGCAUCAGGAAGCACCUCCUGGGGGGACAGCCCAGCCUGGAAAAGAGCUCCAGCAACCUGGACCGUGUGAUGAAGAUGGUAGUGGAUGUGGUGCUGGCCUUCUUCGUCUGCUGGUUCCCCUUCCACGUGCUGACCUUCCUGGAUGUCCUGAGCACCCUGGGGGUGAUGCACAGCUGUUGGGUGCGCCAGGCCAUCGUCACCCUGAUGCCCUUCACCCUCUGCCUGGGCUUCUCCAACAGCGCCAUCAACCCUGUACUUUACUGCUUUGUGGGGAACCACUUUCGGGAGCAGCUGUGGCGGCUGUACGAGGAGAAGGCUCCCAGGCUGUGCCAGAAGAGAGACUCCAUCAGGACCAGGCUUAGCUUUUCUCCAGGAACAUAAAAGAUACAGGGCCACUGGAGACUGGGCCAACACAGUAGGGGCCCCUAGUGGAUGGAGGUCACCUGGCAGGACUAUGAGAGGACUCUGUCUGUCAGAUGUGUAACAGUUAACCCCAGACAUCCUGGAUCACCCCCAGGCCAGGCCUAGUCUCCAGGGGAUGUUGACCCCCCGGUCUACUCCUAAUCAGGGACACCCUGUAGGCUGGACAGAGGGCAUCUAAACAUAUAUUUGAAUGUCAGUUUCACAUCCCAUGUGACCAUGAAGCUCAUGUUAGGGUGAAGGGAUAUUUCAUUACAAUCUACAGGAUAUGUGCUGUUUAAACCUGCCAUGUUUUCUAAGAUCCACAGGCCAGUGUGAUAUUAAGUGUGUGUGAAAUAUACAACUAUGUGCUUUUGUCCUAGUUACAAUAAUGUGAUGUGUAUGUUGUUUUUAUUGUAUAUCCAUAACAAAACUAUAUAUGUCAAUCAACACAGAGGGAAAGAAAAGGUACAUGCAAACAUCUACUGUAAACUGUAUAAUUUGUCUAUCUUGAACCAUAAUUAACAUUGUAUUGUGUCAAAUGUAUAACCCUUAUCUGGAUACGUUAUGAGUUAUGUCUUCCAGUCACUCUUCAUUUCAAUAUCAUAGGGCUGUGACGAUUAUAUAAUUUUGUGUAACAAUUAAUUAUCAUGCAAAUUAUCAGGGUUCUUGUCAUAAUUUUUUUUUUUGGACCUUAUGUAUCAUAACGCAUCUUUGAAAAAAUAUUUCAUAUAUAUUAUAACACAGCUUUGGUGACCCCCGUCUCAAAAAACGAAUGGUUUUGACCACUCUAAACUUUUGGGUAUGAAGCUUUUCCUCCUGACUGUGCCGUUCUGCUUGUAAAAUAAUUCCCAACCUUACCCUCUUCAUGUAAAAAUGAAAAACUGCUAUUAUGUAAACUACAUCUACUUGAAAAUGAAUUUGAAUCGCCCUCCCCCUCUUAAAAUGAAUGUAUGAAGAUGAUUAUGGAGAUGUAUCUUUUUUUCUUUCACAGUUAUUGUCCAUAAAUGUCAGUUACAUGAAUAUACA